UGGAGUCUUGUUAAUUUCUCCAAGCUGCUGUUAACGCUGCGGCCGCUGCCGCUGCCAGAGAAAGGGAAGCGCUGGAAUUGACGCUCGGAGGCUUUUAACUCCUACGGCCGCUGGACAAGUCUGAGGAGCCCGGAGUGGGGGUGAGGAGAGGAGGACAGGAUCCGUGGGAGACGCCAGAGGCUCCCUUCCAGCCUCCCCCGACUCACACCGGAGGUGCAGGGAGCACAAAAAGAGCAGAAAGCAGCGCUGUAGGGGAGCGAAAGCAGGAAAUCUACCACCUUCGUGCAAGCAACUUUUUUUCCCCUCUCUCUUUUUAUUGUUGACUAACCCGAAAAAGCGAGUGCGAGACAGAGGACGGUCACUGGGAGAAAUCUACUCACAGUUGAACCUCAACUGGGACCGGGAGCAGCGCUGACACACACACGCGCACCCUCAUUCACCUCCAUUCCUGGAAUAGCCGGCGCGCGCGCACACACAUACACACACACACACACACACACACACACACACACAAAUACACUGUGCACCUCUAUUUCUCUCUUCCCGAUACCCACUCGCGCCCAUCCACAUCCAUCAGAGGGAUACAAUAAGGGGAUAUGCGAUUUGGACAUGUAAUUGUCGGCAAAGGAUUUGAGACUUCCAAAAAAUGAAGCUGGCUUCAAGACUGUGGGUCUGUGUGAGUCUUCUCGUAGUAGCCUGGACCCUCCAGCCCGGCGCUUCUCAGUCAGUGUGUGCUGGAACAGAAAACAAACUGAGCUCUCUCUCUGACCUGGAGCAGCAAUAUCGUGCCUUGCGUAAAUACUAUGAAAACUGUGAGGUAGUCAUGGGCAACCUGGAGAUAACCAGCAUCGAGCACAAUCGUGAUCUCUCCUUCUUACGGUCUAUUCGAGAAGUCACCGGGUAUGUCUUAGUGGCUCUUAAUCAGUUUCGUUACCUGCCUUUGGAGAAUUUGCGUAUCAUACGUGGAACAAAACUUUAUGAGGACCGAUAUGCACUGGCAAUCUUUUUAAACUACAGGAAAGAUGGGAAUUUUGGACUCCAAGAACUUGGUCUGAAGAACUUAACUGAAAUCUUAAAUGGAGGAGUAUACGUUGACCAGAACAAAUUCCUCUGUUAUGCAGACACCAUUCAUUGGCAAGAUAUUGUACGCAAUCCAUGGCCUUCUAAUUUUACACUGGUUUCAACAAAUGGUAGCUCAGGAUGUGGACGGUGUCACAAGUCUUGCACAGGCCGAUGUUGGGGACCCACAGAGCACCACUGCCAGAGCUUGACCAAGACGGUAUGUGCAGAACAGUGUGAUGGCAGAUGCUACGGCCCCUAUGUAAGUGACUGCUGUCACCGAGAAUGUGCUGGAGGCUGCUCAGGACCUAAAGACACAGACUGCUUUGCCUGCAUGAAUUUCAAUGACAGCGGAGCAUGUGUCACCCAAUGCCCCCAAACAUUUGUCUACAAUCCAACCACUUUUCAACUAGAGCACAAUUUCAAUGCAAAGUACACCUAUGGAGCCUUUUGUGUCAAGAAAUGCCCGCAUAACUUUGUGGUAGACUCCAGUUCUUGUGUACGUGCUUGUCCUAGUUCCAAAAUGGAGGUUGAAGAAAAUGGGAUUAAAAUGUGUAAACCUUGUACUGACAUUUGUCCUAAAGCAUGUGAUGGCAUUGGCACAGGAACUCUGAUGUCUGCUCAGACUGUGGAUUCCAGCAACAUUGACAAGUUCAUAAACUGUACGAAGAUCAAUGGGAAUUUGAUCUUCCUUGUCACUGGUAUUCAUGGGGAUCCUUACAAUGCAAUUGAAGCCAUGGAUCCCGAGAAAUUGAACAUCUUCCGAACAGUCAGAGAGAUAACAGGUUUCUUGAACAUACAGUCUUGGCCCCCAAACAUGACAGAUUUCAGUGUCUUUUCUAACCUGGUCACCAUUGGUGGAAGAGUACUAUAUAGUGGCCUCUCAUUGCUUAUCCUAAAGCAACAAGGCAUCACCUCUUUGCAAUUCCAGUCUUUGAAGGAAAUCAGUGCAGGAAACAUCUAUAUAACUGAUAAUACCAACCUAUGUUACUACCAUACAGUUAAUUGGACCACCCUCUUCAGUACUCUCAACCAAAGAAUAGUGAUUCGUGACAACAGGAAGGCAGAAAACUGUACUGCAGAAGGAAUGGUAUGUAAUCUUCUGUGUUCAAGUGAUGGCUGCUGGGGGCCAGGACCGGACCAAUGCUUAUCGUGUAAACGUUUCAGCAGGGGACGGACGUGCAUUGAGUCCUGUAAUCUUUAUGAUGGUGAAUUUCGAGAGUUUGAGAAUGGUUCCAUCUGUGUGGAAUGUGACCCCCAAUGUGAGAAGAUGGAAGAUGGCAUCUUGACAUGCCAUGGACCAGGACCAGAUAACUGUACCAAGUGUUCUCAUUUUAAAGAUGGCCCAAAUUGUGUGGAAAAAUGUCCUGAUGGAUUACAGGGGGCUAAUAGCUUUAUAUUCAAAUAUGCUGACCAGGACCAUGAAUGCCACCCUUGUCACCCAAACUGCACCCAAGGGUGUAGCGGUCCCUCUAGUCAUGACUGCAUUUACUACCCAUGGACGGGCCAUUCCACUUUACCACAACAUGCUAGAACUCCCCUGAUUGCUGCAGGAGUCAUUGGCGGACUCUUCAUCCUGGUGAUUGUGGGCCUGACAUUUGCUGUGUAUGUUCGUCGCAAGAGCAUCAAAAAGAAGAGAGCAUUGAGAAGGUUCCUAGAGACAGAGUUGGUAGAACCCUUAACCCCAAGUGGCACAGCACCUAACCAGGCCCAGCUUCGGAUCUUAAAAGAAACUGAGCUCAAAAGAGUGAAAGUCCUUGGAUCUGGAGCAUUUGGAACUGUGUAUAAGGGGAUUUGGGUACCUGAAGGAGAGACAGUUAAGAUACCUGUGGCUAUAAAGAUUCUCAACGAGACAACUGGUCCAAAAGCAAAUGUUGAGUUCAUGGAUGAAGCUUUGAUCAUGGCAAGUAUGGAUCACCCACAUUUGGUACGAUUAUUGGGUGUGUGUCUGAGCCCAACCAUUCAGCUGGUUACUCAACUAAUGCCUCAUGGCUGCCUGUUGGAUUAUGUUCAUGAACAUAAGGAUAACAUUGGCUCUCAACUGCUGCUUAACUGGUGUGUCCAGAUAGCUAAGGGAAUGAUGUACCUGGAAGAAAGGCGCCUUGUUCACCGAGACCUGGCAGCUCGUAAUGUCUUGGUGAAGUCACCAAACCAUGUAAAGAUCACUGACUUUGGUCUGGCCAGACUCUUAGAAGGGGAUGAGAAGGAAUACAAUGCUGAUGGAGGGAAGAUGCCAAUUAAAUGGAUGGCCCUGGAGUGCAUCCACUAUAGGAAAUUCACCCAUCAGAGUGAUGUUUGGAGCUAUGGGGUCACCAUUUGGGAACUAAUGACUUUUGGUGGAAAGCCCUAUGAUGGAAUUCCAACAAGAGAAAUACCAGAUUUAUUAGAGAAAGGGGAACGCUUACCCCAGCCUCCUAUCUGCACCAUCGAUGUUUAUAUGGUCAUGGUCAAAUGUUGGAUGAUUGAUGCUGACAGCAGACCUAAAUUCAAAGAACUGGCUGCUGAAUUUUCCAGAAUGGCUCGUGACCCUCAACGAUACCUAGUCAUUCAGGGAGAUGAUCGUAUGAAACUUCCCAGUCCAAAUGAUAGCAAGUUCUUCCAAAAUCUUCUGGAUGAGGAGGACCUGGAAGACAUGAUGGAUGCUGAGGAGUACUUAGUACCUCAAGCCUUCAACAUCCCGCCACCUAUCUAUACUUCCAGAGCAAGAAUUGACUCGAAUAGGAGUGAAUUUGGACACAGCCCUCCUCCUGCCUACACCCCCAUGUCAGGAAACCAAUUUGUGUAUAGAGAAGGGGGCUUUGCUACAGAACAAGGAGUAUCUCUGCCAUACAGGACCACCAGCUGUAUAAUUCCAGAAGCCCCUGUCGUACAAGGGGCCACGGCAGAGAUCUUUGAUGACACGUGUUGUAAUGGCACUCUGCGCAAACAAGUGACUCCCCUCAUCCAGGAGGACAGCAGCACUCAAAGAUACAGUGCUGACCCCACAGUAUUUGCAGCAGAACGGAGCCCAAGAGGAGAAAUGGAUGAAGAUGGGUAUAUGACUCCAAUGCGUGACAAACCUAAACAAGAUUACCUGAACCCUGUGGAAGAGAAUCCUUUUGUUUCUCGGCGAAAGAAUGGUGACCUUCAAGCCCUGGAUAACCCUGAGUAUCAUAAUGCCUCCAGUGGGCCACCAAAGGCAGAGGAUGAGUACGUGAAUGAGCCAUUGUACCUCAAUACCUUUGCCAACACCUUGGGAAAUGCGGAGUAUCUGAAGAACAACGGACUGACUGGGCCAGAGAAAGCCAAGAAAGCUUUUGACAACCCUGACUACUGGAACCACAGCCUUCCUCCUCGGAGCACCCUUCAACACCCAGACUACCUUCAGGAGUACAGCACAAAAUAUUUUUACAAACAGAAUGGACGGAUCCGGCCUAUUGUGGCAGAGAACCCUGAAUACCUCUCUGAGUUCUCCCUGAAGCCAGGCACUGUGCUGCCUCCUCCACCCUACAGACACCGAAACACAGUGGUGUAGGCCUAUUAGUGUUCCCCAAGUGGAGAGACACACCCUCUCCAGUGUCCAUGCCCCUCCCCGUUUUGGUCCCCCCUCUCUUUCUUUUGUGGGCUUCCUCUCCUUUCCAGGCCAGUCUUUUUGAGAUAUCCAAACAGAAGCUGUUAAGGAUGCACUGAGAGAAUGAUAAGUCCUGUGCUCUUCUAGUUUGGAACUAAGAAUGAAGGAAAGAAAGAAGAGAAAGACAGGAGGGACCUCACUCUUUUUGGUUUCUCCAUAUGGGGAGGUCAAGAGGACAGAACAGCCAGGGAAGGACCAGUUAAUGUCACUUGACAGUGAACGCUGUCAAAAUAGUUCUUGAUUUUUAAAACUCAGAUGCUAUAGAGAAAGUCACGUGGUGUCUGUUUCUAUCAGCAGGAACUGAUGAACGCAUAUUCAGCAUUCCUGGAAAUCAUAAUGUAGUUUCCAUUAGGAAAAGGACAAUUUUUAUAUCACAUAUGAUAGUAUAAUAAUUGAGAUUGAGAAUCCAAUUUCUGUAACAAUUUUUAUCCUGGCAACUGAAAAUGGCUAACUCGGCUUUCAUAACUAUUUGAAUCUCCAUCAAAGUUAUAAGAAAAAAUUAUAUGAUUUCUUGUCUUUAACCAGUCCCUUCAUCUUAGCCCCUCUCCCCAAUUUUUGACCCUUUUUUUUCUAAUUGCAGAGAUUUUUACAUCAACGCUUUGGUACAUGUCAUUAACAUUUUUAUGUGUUGAGGUAAUUUAACAAAAUAGUUUAAAUAAGAAUUCCUCUUAGGAUUGCAAAAAUGGCAAAACCUCAAACAUGCAAAUUUUGAGGUUAAAAAGGAGGCCAGGACAUAAGAUUUAUACAAUUCAAAUCUAGCUUUCAUGACUUAUUGUAAUGAAUAUGAGACCCACAUACAUAAAAUACAUCUCCCAAAACUUUCACUUUCCCUUCAGUUCAUUCUUGAUAAUAGUUAAAAGGCAAUAGGCAAUUCUGGGUCUGGGAGAGAAACCAAGAAACAGUUCCAUGUGGUUCAUGAAAACUGCUGAUAUAUUCAGGGGCGACCCACCAAGUAAUCUCUUAAACUGGAAGGAAAACACUGGAUUGGGUGAGCUUACAUACCUGGCAAAAUGCUCAGGAAUGUAGUUUGCACUUAAGCUAUAAUUUUAUUUGUUCACAUUCUAAACUCUUCUGGAUUUUGAAAGAAGCAAUAUGAAAGUGACCAGCAAAUUAAAAUUAUUUAAAUAUGUUUUUUAAAAGAAUAAUGAUGAAGAAAGACUGUGGAAAUGCCAAACCAAGUAAAUUACAUCUUUGGAACAGUAUCCAGGGAUUAUGGGAGGGCCAAGCACAUUGUCUACUUGUGACAUCACAGCGAUGUUAUGGAGAAAGGCCACCCAAUCCUCAUGCUCCAUAUGAAGGAAAUUGACAUGAGCAAGACCUGAGCUGCAGUCCAUGAAGUGUCUAGUAUUAGGACUAUAGUUGUUGAAUUAGGAGUUAACUCUAGAUCAUAAGGUGGUAUAGUAUGUAGAAGGUUAAAAAAUAAUACAGGCAUGCAUGGCUCAGAGGAAUUGGGAUUAAAAAAAGUAUAAAUGAUCAUGGUGAUUUUUUCUAAGCUUUGAUUUUACUUUCUGACACACUGAUCUUUUAAAAAAAACUUUUUCAUAAUGAAUUCAGUUUUAUUUAACCAUUACGGUACCUCUGAUUUGGAAAAGCUUUCCAUUGUAUCAUUGUGAAUUUUAAUGCUAACUAGAUGUGAGACGGUGAUGGGCCUAGUGGCAGGAAUAAGAACUUUAGAUUCACUAGAAAUGUUUUUCUUUGGGGUGUGAGUAAAAACAAAAAUUCUACCUAAGAUAAAUAGAAUUAGAGGUAAAUUAAAAUCUAAAACCCAUAUUUAAACAAUGACAUUGAAAACUAUCUCUGAUCUUUUAGACAGGGUUUUGGGACAUUCCAGAGUAAAGGAAGGCCUUUUAAAUAAUAUUGUUUGUAUGAGUAAAUUGCCUUAGAGUGGUCAUUGAGUUCCUUCAUUUGUACAUAUCUUGUUGGAUUCUUAUUCAGGGACUAUUAACAGAGACUGAUUUUUUUGUCCUCUGUAAUUUGGAAAGAGUACCUUGUGAUUUUAUUCGUUGAACAUGGGUAAUCAAGACGAUGCUGCCAAUUAUAUUAAGUGCUACCCUUGCAUUAUGAACUAGGCUAGAGUAAUAUGAAAACCCUACAUGACUUGGACUACCUGGACAAACUCAAGAUGACUCAGAGCUAGUCUUACAACUUUGUAACCAAGAAAUCAACUGUACAAAUACAAAUCCUGGUAGUAAUUAGGGGACUUUAGCCAUAAACCCCAGAAAGAGAACAGUCAGGCGUAGGAAGUCUUUCCAAGCCAUGAAAAAGAGAAACAAUGUUAAGGGGGGAAUAUAAAUCCUUCCAGUAUAGCACCAGCAACUAGAGUGGCUUCCGGGAGCAAAGGAGUAAAAUGAGGGAAUCCUCAAUAUUUCAGGGUUUACUAAGGACAUAUUAGCAGCCUUCAGCCCAUUUAUUUAUUUUAAUGAUCUCUUAAAGAAAGAGAGUCUUCACCAUAUGGUUUAUGGUAUCCUUUUUUUUUUUUAAUUCAUUUUGUCUCCAGGUAGUCAGUGAUAACUACAUUUUCCUUAUUUCCCUCCUUUUAAAAAUGUGUUGCAUAAUAUUUACAUAGUAUUUACCACAAUAGUACUUGGUUAUCAUGAAAAAAUGGUGAAGAAAAUAAUUCUUUUGUGGGUAGUAAAUGAGGGUUCUGUUGAGGUGAUAGGUAAGUAGUUGCCAGCAAAUAAGAACCUUUCUAUCCCACUGCCUCAUUAAAAAGAUCUGACCCUCAGAUAAGCUUCAAGGAGAAGAUGGAUCAAUAGUAUACCACAGAAUCAGAAUUGAACCAAAUAACUCUACAUAAUUAUUAUCCCUUAAUUAUGCCAUCAAUAGUCAUGUUAUUUUCUAAGAAAUGUAUCUGGAUAUGAUAUGCUGGGAAUAGAGGGAAAUAUUUUAUUGGUUUCCAAGAUGGUGGCUUUUGACUAGUAGAGCAAAAAAAACAAACCCCCCCCCCAAAACAACAACACACACACACACACACACACACACACACACACUAACUGCAUUUGGGAUCUGUAUUGUUCUCCUGGGGAUCAGAUUCCAGAGUAUGGUUUUACUAAUGGGAACUUUCAGAUUCAGUUGUGUAAAUUUGUUAUAUCUAAGAGUAAAUUCCAAAUGAGUGAACUUUUCAAAUCUAUAAACCUUGUUUGUAGAUAAACCUACCUUGGGAAAUCACAUUUCCAGUGAUGUAAAGCUUUGAAGAUAAGUGGUUAUUAACAUGUUUGAGUAGCUCUUACUCUUUGAGAAACUCACUGCCCCUAAACUGUGUUAGGCCCCAGUGCCUGCAGAAGCAUCUCAAAGACGUAUGUAUUCAUACAUGCAAACGUGUGUUAUUUCUCUGUGGAAACAAUUCCUUCCUGGAGUUUCCAAUGGCAUAAACAGGAGUUGUGGUUGUCAGACCAAAAGUUGAGCACCUUUUCCAGUCAGCUUCUUUAAACAGUAAAUAAUAUUGAAUGCAAAGCAGACAAAGAGUUAUAAAGAAAGUCAAAGUUUAGUUUUUCCUUUCGUUCAUUGUAAAUGCCUAAAAAGGAAAGAAGACUCAACAAGUUAUUGCACAGAUAGAUUUCAAAGUAUAACAUAGAAGUUGGCCCUACUGAUUAUACACACACACACACACACACACACACACACACGUAUGCAUGCAUACAUAUAUACAUGGAUAUAUCUACGUAUAUGUAUAUACAUGUACGUACAUGUGUGUAUAUCUUUAGGAAGAACAGAGAUGCAUGAGUACCUCUAUAUUGUUGGAGUAAACCCAGGAAAAGGAUCUCAGAGUUCUGCUGCUAAAUAAAGCUAGAUCCUCUCUUUGCUUUCUGGAGCAUCAAGGGUGAACUUUUUUUUCCUAAAGCCCUAUAGGAAAAGACGUAAAUACUGGUUUCCUCUAGAGCUAUCUAUAUCUUCUUCUAAAACUUGAAUUAUUUAUUCAGUGAUAACUGUUGCUCAUCAAAGUGCUUUAUUCAGUCAUAAGGCAUUGAAAGAAAUGCUCAUGAAGGCUCAUGAGCAGACCUGUUCUGGCACUGGAAGCGGUAAAUAUUUUCUCCAAGAAGUAGACAAACCAACCAAAUAUAAUAACUAACCACAGAAUACUUGAUGAAAAUAAUAAGUGCAGAGGGAGGACUUCAGGCUUGGGUGAACACACAAACAACUGUCAUCAGUAUCCUUGCUUUCUGGACAGAACAUUGAGAUCUAUUUAAAAUGCUGAACCCAUUGAUAACUUGUUUAUGGAGGGUUUGGGGGCGGGGUUUGGUUCUUGUUCUUUUUUUAAGGUGGCAUACUAAAAGAUACGUUCAAUCACUGAAAAUAAAUGUUUUUGACUGGUUUUGUUUUCAAAUCUCCCUUUCGACUUUUCUUCUUUUUUUUUUCAUUUAUUAUCAUGUAAAUCCAGUUAGGGGGUUAAGGAAGAGAAUGUAGCACCAUCUCAAAUAAAACUAACCUUUCGUCACUAACCAAGAGUCAGUUACAAUAAAAAGUAACUUCCCUGGCAUACCAGAGGAUGGAGAAGAUAUGUGUGUUAUGUGGGAGGUGGAGUAUCUGUUACUUUAAACAAAAUUUCACUCCCCCACCCAAUUUGGUUCAUAUUCCUAAUACCUAUCAGUAAAAUAUGUAUAUUACUUGAGUGAAAACAGUGUGAUUGUGCCCUCUCCUCUAAAAUAAAAAGAAACAAAACAAUGAAAUAUAAUAGACCACCCUCUGCAUUUCAAUUGGAUGAAUAAUUCAUGAUUAGCAUUAUCAGAAAUGUUUGUUUUCCUCAAUUUUCUGAAAGGGAAACCUACUGACAAAACCUUUUUUGGGUGUGCAUGGAGAUUGAUGUACAUCCAAUUGAAGGAUAAUCUAGGAUCCAUAGGACAUCCACAUGAGGAGCCAUGUUGAGCCAGUUGCUCAGGCAGAAAUGACACUGGAUAGAUGUUGAUUAGCUGAAAGCAUAUUAAAAAAAAGAUGAAUUGUAAAGAAAGCAAGUCCUUAGUAUGACUAAUAUUGCAAUGGAGCCAGCUCUUUCCAAUCAGAUUAAAAAUAAAUACAAGUGGUUCAGCCCCAGAGAUACCUCAGUAAGCCUGCUCCCCACUGUAAUAGCAAACCUGACGUCUGCUGUGUGUAGUCUCUCAGGCCAGAAACCCUUCUGUUUCUAUGAGAAAUUGUUAACAUUGCCGGCUGUUCUGUGUCUUUUAAUUAAAAGAAAAUAUUUCAUAAAACUGCAGAAGCUGCAGAUAGCCUCAUUUAUUUUUAUAGAGCAGUGAUAAAAAAUAGGGCAUCUUCCUCUCACAUACAUACAUACAUACACACGCACAUGCCACCGAUCCUUGUCCCUGGCCUGUGGUUAUACUUUGAGGGGAACAAAAUUUUCCCAAAGUCACGAGCUAAAAAAGACUCUAAGCCUCUAUUCUAUAGAGAAAGUCAGUUUUACCUCCACAAGCUUCCUCUGGAAUUCACUUUUGAUAAAAUUAAUUUUGCAAGUAAAUGAUCAACUUGCUAAAAAUCACAGAAAUUAUUUCUACUACGGAAUCAUUUGGUCUCCAGUUUUAAAGCUCCUUUUUCAUUAAAAACAAAACAAAACAAACAACUCCCCCCCCCACCUUUUCCUGAUAGCCAGAGUUGUGGGAACUGAUGUAUAUUUUAUGCUCACAGGCCCUUUCUUUAUACCACCGUGUGACUCAGAACAAAACAUCAACCCCAUUCCCCUUCCUCUUGGAACCUCUGUCCAUUUUCUGCUCACUUUCUCCAACGUAUUUUGUGAUUCCUUUCUUGGCACCAUCCUUGAGCCCUGAUGAUUGAUCCCUUAUAAGCCAUAGCAGACCCUUAAGGUCCUGUACCUCACUUUGUGAAAUAUUGAUCUAAGCUGUCCCCACAAACAUAAGAAUGCAUUAUGUAGCCAAGUACUUUGGCCAUGGUUUAGGGGUUUUGUUAGUUGGGUUUUUUUUUUUUGUUGUUGUUGUUUUGGUUGACUUGUUUUUUAGCAUUUCACUGAGAAUUUCACAAAGUUACUCUGUAUAUCUACUAUAGUUAAGUUUUCCCAAAAGGAUAGAUUCACACACCAUGUCUUCUGCAUAGGAAUGUUAGGUGAAAGGCUGGUCUUCAAUGAAUCUUGCAACCCUUAUAAACAAUCUCUCUCUCUCUCUCUCUCUCUCUCUCUCUCUCUCUCUCUCUCUCUCUCUCUCUCUCUCUCUCUCUCUCACACACACACACACACACACACACACACACACACGCACACCGCUUUGAGUUUUAGUUUUCCCAUUAAAAAAUUAAUUGGAGGUUUGAUUUUUCUUUUAACCAACAAUUAGACUUCAUUUUCCAAUAUUUCUUUUUCAGUCAUUUUUUUUUCUUCCAGGCCUCCAAUUUUCUAGUGUUAUCAUAUUUAACAUCGUUCCAAAUAGGGUGGAGUGGAAUAGCAGAUCUUUUGCAGAAAAAGAUGAGGGGUAUACGGCAUUGAAAGGCAUCUUCUAGUACUUUUGCCAUCACGGCAUAUGAUCAAAAUUCAUGUUCUAUGAUAAGAUAUCAUUUUUUCCUACCUUUGUUCCUUCAAGGGCAGUUUCUCUGUUAAUGCUCCAGUGAGCCUUAUCCCAAUAAUCAAAACUAGUUCUUUUUCCUACAAAGUCAUUCUAAAAAGGGUAACAAAACAGGGAAACAUGCUUUCAUACCUGGAAGCAAGUCUAACAUGUCUCAAACCAUUUUGUCAUGACUCAUUUCCAUUUCUAAUGCACAGAUUUUUCUCCCUAAUUCCCUAGAAUUCUGUUCUUUUUCUGUUUCCUAUAACAUCAGGUCAGUUUUCACCUUUGAUUUGCAGUGUUUUCAAUGAAAAGGGUUUGCAUAUCCUCCCUUUUUUUUCUCCUGAAGGGAGAUUCACUUGCCCUGUAUCUUUCUGACCUCUCAGGGGCUUGAAGAGGGGAGUGAGAAAGCACUACCCAAACCACAGCACUCUGAAGACUGACCGACACCUUUUGGGAUAACCACAGUACCCAACUGUGAACAUUAUUUUCUAAGUGUAGAUAUGUAAGCUGUUCUUUUAAAGUAAGGUACUCUGAAAUAUGUAGCAUAAACUGGUACUGCUGUUAAAUGGGUCGAUUAUUAAACUGAGCAGCUGUGUGUAGGCAGCUAACUUUGAAUGUGCACCCACCAAAGGCUGGUGUGUCCACAUCUCCAUGCUGUGUGUACUAGUUGCCCAGUGUUUUUGCAUGUUGCAGUUACAUCCUUCACAACAUUUUGGUAGGAUUAGAUCCCUAUCCCUUACCUUAACUCCAAACAAAAGAGAAUGAUAUCCAACUGAAGGCUAAUCCAUAGCACAAACAAAAUAUCAAGUUAGUCUUUUCUUCCUAAUAUCCACCCCCUUCCUCUUCUCAAAGCCUUUAUAGUGAGAUCCAUUUAAGUAGUGAAGGUGAGACAUUACCUAAAAGGCUGAGGGUAUCCUUUAUGUGUGUGUAUUCAUUUUCUAAUGUUCUGAACUUGUCAACAUAAAAUAAGCCCUCACUCUCCUGAAAUAUCUUCAAGGAACAGAGAUGUAGCAACAGCACCUUUUUGGGUAAGGAAUCCAUAUUUCAUUUAGAGCCCUACAUUCAAAGUUAGCUGCCUUUUUUUUUGAAAUAAAAAUAAAAUACUACUGUAUGUUACUUUGAAAAUGUGAAUAGUAUUUUUAUAGCUUGUUAAAGACAUGGCUAGUUGCAUUUGUAAAUAAGGGUAAUGUUGCUUUUAUUUUCUUUUGUGGACAUCUUUAAUUGGAACAUAAUUGUCUUUAGGGUUGAUUUGUAUAUAAGUAAUUGGCUUGUGAUUUUUUUUUCUUUUGGGUUGGAAGGUAUCAUUUUGACAUUCUGUGUGAUUCUGUGUUUAGCACUAUUGUGGUGUGUUCAAUUUCUGCAUUUGCUUACACAAUAGGAUAUGCCGAUUGUGUGUGGUGUAAUGUUCUUUUAACAUUUUUUUCUAUUUCAGCUAUGAAGGAUUAUGCACUUAACACGUACUAACUUUUUAAUAUUAGGCAUAUAUUUUAGUAUAAUUCCCCCCUCUUCUUUUUUUUCCUAAAAAAAGAAAACACAGGUUCCCCCUUUUCCUUUUUUUUUCCUGUUGUUGUUUGAGAAUGAGGGAGAAACAGUAUCAUUAAUUUGUGUGAUUUAGGCUCUAUUUUGGUUCUUUCUCGAGUUCCAUCUUUUGGAUCUUGGGUAAGAGCUUUACUUGUUUAAGGCAAUUGUAGAGUGUUACCUGCUUUGCCUCAUUCCUCUCUGAUCAUCCCAGCUGAACAAUUUGAAAACUGUUCUGCUUUUUUGUUACAUGAAUCUGUCAGAAAUAUAUUUUUAA